ACCGGCAGCGCCCACUGACGUAGACUUGGGGGCAUUGUGGAAGCAGGGGCUCGUGUGGCGAUCAUCCUGUGUCAAUUUUAACUCGUGUGUUUGAGCUUUAGUGUCGUUGAGGCAUAAAUAACCAGGGGAUUUAACACAAGGCUUGUGGGACAUCGCUGUAGCCGCCACAGCUCGAUGUAGACACACUGCUCGUGUAUAACAAAGCAUUUAGCCAGAAGGCGCUAGCAAAAGCUAACAGCUCCUUAUGUUAAGAAGAGGCACACAAAGGAAAAGCGGUGGACUGGGUUAAAACAUUAAUGUUUGUGUGAAUGAUCGAAUGAUACAGGAGCUGUCAUCUCCAACUAUUUCGCAACACAAAGCAUCUCCUCCGGCUGUGGUGCAACAGAACGGUCUUUGUUGAAGCAGGAGCAUCUCAGAUUUGACUCGCCGUUUGUCAGCCUGUCAAAACUAUUUGAUCAAACUCGAAUAUUGAUGAUCGAGCUCGCGGAGUGUCCGCCAGCUGCAUUAUCGCGGUAUCUCACAGUGAUCGGUGAAGAGAGGGGCUGCCAUUAUGGCGAUAAUCGCGGAAGGGAAGACGCACAGGGAGUCUCCUGAAAGAAAAAGUAGGUAGCGAGCUAGCCAUCUGUUAGCCCGGCUAGUAUUCUGAAGAGGAUAGUUUAUCUUUCGCCUCUUUCUUCCGCUUCCACGCUUUUAAUUGUCUCUGGAUCGAUCUUUAUCGACUUUUUAAGAAGCUGGCCCGUGUGUAUAUUGACAGUUAACGGCAGCACAACAGUCCCAGUAGUCGAGUUUGGUUAGCAUUUGGCUAACGGGCUCAUUAGCUUGCUGGGCUAAAGCUAACUUAGCAGCUCCCCAUGACAGUGACGACAGCCAGCUCGUACUGCUGCUGCUGAGCUGAAGUGACAGGAAAGGGAGCGAGCGGUGGUUCUUCCUCAUCGGGACUCACGAUGGCAGCCCCCACAAACGAGGCCUUGUUUUUGAUAAAGGAUGUGAAGCCGGGGUCGAAGAAUCUGAAUAUCGUUUUCAUCGUUUUGGAAAUAGGGCGAGUAACCAAAACGAAAGAUGGCCAUGAGGUGCGCUCCUGCAAGGUGGCAGACAAGAGCGGGAGCAUCGCUAUCUCUGUGUGGGAUGAACUCGGCAGCCUCAUUCAGCCUGGAGACAUCAUCAAGCUCACCAGAGGCUAUGCAUCCAUAUGGAAAGGGUGCCUAACUUUAUACACUGGAAGAGGAGGAGAUCUGCAGAAGAUUGGAGAGUUCUGUAUGGUGUAUUCAGAAGUGCCCAACUUCAGUGAACCAAAUCCAGAGCUGCUAUCCCAAACGAACCAGCAGAACAAGUCUGGUAAACCUGACCAGAAUCAAAGGGGGAACUCUCCGCCCAAUCAGAAUUCAGGUACACCUGCCCCACCAGGAAAUGGUGCCAUGCCACCGUUUACCAACAACAACCCACCCGGUGCAGCCCGUGACACCGCAUUUGGAAAUGCUGGGCGACCCAACGGCCGGUCACCCGGCAACGGAGCACCACCGGCUUCAGUUUCUGGACCCCCAACAGCCCCAAAGUCCUCAGUUACCAUUAGCAACGGCAGGGACCCACGCCGUGCCAAAAGAUGAGAUUGAGGUGUGGCUGACUUGAGUGGGCGUAUCAUAUCGGGGGGAAAAAAUGGAUGUCCUUAUUUCCCCCUGUCCCCAUUUGAACUCUCUGAGCCUUCCAGAUCACAGCCUAGAUUGACUUUCAGAAAUAAUCAGUUAAAUUGGGGACUAUUUGCAUUAUUGUUCAACAGGCUAAAAAGUCAAAUGUGUCGUUUGUCAUGCGUAGUGCAAGUAGUUCUCUCAGCAAGCAGCACAGUGUGAUUGUGAUCCACCACGCGAUGCACGAGCAGGACUUCUUGUAUAGACUAACGUUGAUUGUUGAGUUGUGGUCAGCCUUCUCAGUCUACACCCUUGUCCUCUGAAAUCACUGCAAAUUACCAGUUCUGUGCCAGUGUUACCCCCCCACACACACACACGCUGUCCUAUAACCCUUCCUUCUUCGAACUACACAUCCUACUUGAACACUCGAUGCACUUUCUUCUCUUAAUUUAUGUCGGGACAAACUUGGCAGUCAUUUAAUCCAGGAAAUCAGUUUCAGCUUUUUUAUUUUUAGUGGAAAAGGCCUUAAAGUUGGUGAGUGAGUUCUUGGACUGAAAGAACAAGUGAAACUCGUCGAAGGGUCCCCCCCUUCUCUCGGCCAAACUGCAUCCCAAGUGACUCUGUGAAAGGACAGGUGUUAGUUUCGAAUUUUAAAACUUGGUUUUUUUUCUUUCUUUUCAAUAAGACAUGUUUUUCUUGUUUGCCAUUAGUUGUACUCAUCGAGGUGGGACCACUUAGGAGACUGGCAAAAUGGUUCACCAAAUAAAUUUUUACAGUUAUUUUGUUGCCACAUUUGCUUUUCUGUAGUCUGUUGUGAUAAUAACACACACUUAUUUAUAAUGCCAAUACAGAAGUGUCAUGUUGGUCAUAAUACUACAUGUUUUAAACUGACUUGUGUUGUUAUUUGCUAACGCGUAUCAUUCGUAGACCUUUUUUUUUGCAACAGUACCACAGUCAAACCCCUGACACAUGAACCAUCUACAAGGGUUCAAUAAGCACUUCAGUUCACUUGCAAAGACCAAACUUCAAGUGAUGCAAUACUACAGCGCCAUCCAGUGGUGGGGGAAAUAAAGUGCAUUUGUUUUGACGGAUGAUCCAAAAUGCAUAAUGAGCUUGAACCAUUUUUCUUUUAUUGCUUCCUUUCUCACAGCAGGAUGAAGACUCUUACACAAACUGAAAGCCCCUGCAUUUAGUUUUCUGUUUUGAAGCAAUGCACUGCAAACAACAAAAACGUGUUUCCUCACAUCCUGUUGCACCAAGCACCUAAACAUCAUGACCUAAGGGUGUUCAUGUUGCUUCAUUUCACAUUUGAUGCACCUGCUUUUUCUUCCUGUUCAGCGUGUCCUUAGUAUAUUUCAAAUAACCCAACACUCUGUUCUGUGGGUGUGAGAGGGAACAAAAGCUUAUAAAUGUAAGGUAGAUUUGAGAGAAGGGCAGAAAAGAAAACUCUUGUACUGUAAGUGUGAAACUGAACUA